AUGCAGUCCAGCUACAGUAUCUCCGGCGGACCCGUCAUGAUGAGCAGGCAGAGCUACAGCUACUCCUCCCGAGCGGCGCCUAAGGCUCAGAGCUUGUCCGGAUUGAGCUUCAGAGGCCCUCGCAUCUCCUCUUCCACCAUGCACAGUGUCUCAUCUGGGUUCGGUGGUGGCUACGGAUCGGCCAGCUUUGACCUGUCCAACGCCUUGGACCAGAAUGCCAUUCAGUUGAACGAGAAGGCCACCAUGCAGAACCUGAAUGACCGUCUGGCCACCUACCUGGAGAAGGUGCGCUCUCUUGAGGCUGCCAAUGCCAAGCUGGAGAAGCAGAUCAGAGAGUACUACGAGCAGAAAGGGCCCGCAGCUGAGAGGGACUACAGCAACUACUGGGCCAUUAUCAAUGACCUAAAGGACAAGAUCAUGGCCGCCACCAUCGGCAAUGCCAACAUCCUCCUCCAGAUUGACAACUCCAAACUGGCUGCUGAUGACUUCAGAACCAAAUAUGAGCAUGAGCUGAUGAUGCGCCAGUCUGUUGAGGCCGACAUCGCCAACCUGCGCCGCCUGCUCGACCAGACUACUCUGACCAAGUCCGACCUGGAGAUGCAGAUCGAGGGCCUGCAAGACGAACUGGCCUACCUCAAGAAGAACCACGCAGAGGAGCUGGCAGCCAUGCGAUCACAGCUGUCCGGCACAGUCAAUGUGGAAGUUGACGCCGCACCCCAACAGGACCUCAACAAAAUCCUGGAGGAGAUCCGCGCCCAGUAUGAGAAUAUCACAGAUAAACACCGCCGCGACCAGGAGGCUUGGUUUAAUGAGAAGUCGGCUGCCUUGACAAAGGAGGUGACAAUCAGCACAGAGACCAUCCAGACAUCCAAGACAGAAAUCGGAGACCUGAGACGUACGCUGCAGAGCCUGGAGAUUGAGCUGCAAUCUCAACUCAGCAUGAAAGGGGCGUUGGAAAACACGUUGGCAGAGACAGAGGCUCGUUACAGCGCCAUGCUCGCCGGCUUCCAGAACACAAUCAACAUGCUAGAGGCAGAACUAGCCAAUGUACGUGCCAGCAUUGAGCAACAGGGCCAGGACUACAGGAUGCUGCUGGACAUCAAGACCAGGCUGGAGCAGGAGAUUGCAACAUACAGAAGCCUUCUGGAUUCAGAGGAAUCCAGACCAAUUGGUUCAGGGAGCUCUAAGACCACAGUCACAACCACCACUGUGCGCACUUCCAGCUAA